UAAUUAACCAAGUGAAAUUUUAGAAAUUUAGAAAUGGAACAACACUCUAAGCCAAGUUAUUAUUCUGGUGAUGAAGGCAACCCCAAUGAGUUUAAGAAUAAGUUUACAUCACUAAUGACCAAUGCUAUGUCUGCAAUGACUCAUGUAUAUGCUAUGGCUAACCAAGGCUAUGAGUAUGGGUACUUGCAAGGCAAGAAAGAAGCUUAUAAGGAUGUGUUCAAGUGGCUCACUGAUCAGCAUGACAAUACUCUUAGAUAUGUCUCCACAGUCAGCUUUUUCCACUAUAUCAAUAACAAAAUUGUAGAAGUCAAGUCCACAAUCGCAAAUAGAAUGGGCCACUCUAAAUUUGAAGGAUCUGGAGCUUCUAGUGAUGACCAGAUGAGUGACGGAAUUUCGAAGCUUGAGAAAUUCUCAGACGAUGUAAACUCAACCUCGAUUCAUAUGAAGUCAUCGAUUGAUCCUUCUUCAAGCAGCCAUCUUAAAGCACCUGGAGUUAAGGAAACUGCAAUGAUGUUUCAAGAGAACAGGAAGAGGAGAAGAAAUCCUUUCUUAUUCGGUAAAAGUGAAGAACCUGAGAUUGUUAUGAACUCAGAAUUACCUCCAACUCUAAGACCCGAGAACAACCAAUCAGAUUACCAGGCCAAUCCAUUCCUAUCUUCUCAUUGCAGUGAUGAACAGAUGGUUCACCUACCAAAGCGUAAGAAGACAAAUUUGUAGCUUUAACUAGCUUAAUUCUUCAUAAUUACCUUUAUCAUCUUUAUCUCUAAUUUCGCCUUUGUGAUAUUUGGCGAAUUUUUGAGUUAAACACAACUUGUUUGUGAAGCCACUCAAAACUUACUAUAUAAAGGCCACAAAAUAAAUACCUAUUGUU